AUGGAUGUGGAGGCCUCCCAACCCGGGUCAGAGGAGACAACUAAGAAACUUUUAUUUCUGGACAAAUGGAGAGAAAUCUUUGCUUAUCCCAGGUUGGGAACCAAUAGCACAAUUCUUCAGAAGCUGAGACAGAGCCUCUUUGGGAACAUGGCCCAGGCCUUCAGCUGUGAUUGGAAGAAGGCUCGAUUCACAUUCCACCGUCCUUCUUCCGACCUAGCUUUCACUUUGGAAGUCACAAGGGGAGGUGCUGGCAGCAUCCAGAUGGCUGUACAGGGCUCUAUCCUCAAGUACCUGCUGUUCAUCAGGAGCAGGGCAGACAGCAGUGUUCACAGGUUACACAUGCUGAGCAGGCAGGAGCAGGAGCAAGCCCUGGCCAUGGCCCUGGCCGACAUCCUGUGGGCAGCUGGGGAAGCUGGGAAGGCCACCGUCAGCCUGGCACCUGAGGACAUGUGUACGGCCUCCUCGGGAGAUGACUUCAUGGAGAGGCUCCAUCUGUUUGAAUUUCCUGAGAAAGAAGCCAUGGAGAAAUUCAUCUAUGAUCACAUACAGUGUUUCAAAGGAGAAGGAAGCCAUGGAGUCAUCCUGUUUCUUUGCAGCCUAGUUUUCUCCAGAACAUUUGAGAGGCUUCAGAGUGACCUGGAUGCCACGACCACUCACCUGUUGGAACCCAGCACUAGAGGCUUCCUAUGCAGGCAGGCAGCUGUGAACUUGAUUCUGACUGGAAGAGCAAGCCCCCAAGUCAUUGAUGGCUAUGCAGAAGGGGGGUCUCAGGAGGUACCCCAUGGGGUCCUGACCCGCAGUGACAUCGGCUACCUGCAGUGGAGCAAGGACACCUCCGAGGGCCACAGCCUCCCACUAGUGGGCAGCAGGCUGAAGACACCCAGGUUCCCUCUCUGGCUCUGCAACAUCAACGGCCGGCACAGUGUCCUUUAUUGCACAGACAGACAGCUAUUAUCUGACUGGAAAGCAGAGCGCAUCUUUGAUCUGCACUUUUACAGUGGCCAUCCCUCACAGAAGCAGCCUGUGCGUCUUACAAUAGACACUCAUGCCCAUCACUGGGAGCAGGAGCACGGUGCAGAUGGCUCAGGACGACGGUGCUGUCCAGUGGAGAUGGUAAUCAGAACCAAGUGGAGAGAGGCCACGGUGGACUGGAAUGGGGCUCUCCCUCUAUUCUAA